GCGGAGAUGUACUAAGAUUUCUCAAUUAUAAAUAGAUCUCAUCACUGCAAGAGGUCCAAUAAUCCAAACCUUUGCAGAAAAAGACCAUCACUCCAACUUAUUAUCCAAAUCUCUUGAAAAAAAGUAUGGAACAUCAAGGAUUAAGCAUCGCUAUGAGGAGAAUCCUCCUGCUGAUUAAUUGUAUAAUACUUGCUGUUGGUAUCUGCGGUGGCCCUCUAAUGAUGCGUCUAUAUUUUGUGGAGGGAGGUUCAAGAGUAUGGUUUAGCAGUUGGUUACAAACUGCUGGAUGGCCACUCACCUUUAUACCUCUUGCUAUCUUAUACUUCUAUCGUCGAAAAACCGAAGGCUCUAGUGCCAAGUUUUACUUUAUAACACCCCGAAUUUUCAUUGCGUCAUUCGUCAUUGGCAUUGUCACUGGUGUUGAUGAUUUUCUCUAUUCGUGGGGCGGGUCAAAACUCCCUGUGUCAACCUCUUCACUGCUUCUUGCGGCUCAACUUGCCUUCACGGCAGUAGGUGCUUUCUUCAUAGUGAAGCUGAAGUUCACACCCUACUCUAUCAAUGCAGUGGUUCUGCUGACAGUUGGUGCUGUUUUACUGGGUGUUCGUUCUAAUGGUGAUCGGCCGGAGGGUGUGACAAGUAAAGCCUAUAUUCUUGGUUUUAUGAUGACACUUCUCGCAGCAGCUUUAUAUGGAGUCAUUUUGCCUUGUAUUGAGUUGAUUUACUUGAAGGCAAAACAAGUUAUUACUGCUACGUUGGUGCUGGAGAUUCAGAUGGUCAUGUGUUUUGCUGCUACUGCUUUUUGCACCGUAGGAAUGAUUGUUAAUAACGACUUUAAGGCAAUAUCAAGGGAGGCAAAACAAUUUAACCUUGGAGAAGCUAGAUAUUAUACAGUAGUAGUGUGGACUACCAUUGUUUGGCAGUGCUUCUUUGUGGGUGUCAUUGGAGUCAUUUACUGCUCUUCUUCUUUGAUGUCUGGGGUUAUGAUCGCAGUUCUACUUCCUGUUACUGAGGUAUUAGCUGUAGUUUUCUUUAGAGAAAAUUUUUCAGGUGAAAAGGGCCUUGCUCUUUUCCUUUCUCUUUGGGGUUUCGUUUCUUACUUUUAUGGAGAGUUCAGACAAACAAAGAAGCAGAAGAACAAAAGUCCACAAACUGAGAUGACAACGACGCAUAUCGAGUCUGUUUGAUUUACUAUUAAUCAUGGCUAUAUAAAUAAAUAGUUUUUAUUUUUUGUAGAAAAUAAUGUAUGUUAUUUUGUGGAAUACUUAUUAUUCAUUAAUGAUGAAACGAGAAAUUUAUUCAA